UCGCAAGGGAAACCUGAGUGUGUGUGUUUGAGAAAGAGAGGGAGAUGUUGACAACAGAAAAUAACCGGUAAAACAGUGCACGCAUCAGUCUUCACUUUUGUCCUAUAGUGUAAGAAAGGGAGGACGUCGAGGCUGACAGAUAUUCAGGUAAAAGAUGAUAUAGACCUCGAAAGGCUGCUGAUGUGGAAGUGAGAAGUCAGCUGCUGGACAAUGAGCUGAACACAUCAGUCAGCUUCAACACAGACUCCACCGCCUCAGAAUCCACAGCUGUCUCAACCAGGCUCAGUAUCAAAAACAACACACUUCUCAAAAUGCAUCCCACUAGCUGUGAUAUCCAGCUGGAGACCAGUGGAGACACAAAUAACCAAAGUCAAAGGGAUAUGGAUGAUUCGUGCCUCACUUCCAAAAUGCCCCCUGGUUGGAUCAGAGAGGUGAGGCAGCGGAAAGCAGGCAAGACAGCAGGAAAACUGGACGUGUUCAUUACAAGUCCCCAAGGACAGAAGUUCCGGUCAAGAACAUCCCUGCAAGCUUUCCUCCUAAAAAAUGGAGAUGGAAACAUAGACAUAAACCUCUUUGAUUUCACUACAGUCAAAGGUGAUGUCAUCACCUCUCCACAUUUUCUCCCCUCCCGAGAGAAAAAGAGAGGAAAGAAAAAACAUGCAGAUGGACAGCAGGACACAACAGAAAAAAUACAAACAGAAAUACUGGAUCCACCUCCAAAUAAAUCUAAAAGAGCCUCUUCCCCCCUCAGAAAUCAAGAAGAAAAAGUAAAGAAUGGAGAAGAUCCUAACUCUACUAAUAGUGAUAUGAUAAAAGAAGAGUUCACACAUGUACUAGAUGUGUAUAGUGACAAAAAUGAUGAGACUGUCGAGUAUUUUGUACAAGCUGCACCUUCAGCCACAGCGGAUGAUGUCAAACUGCGGAGCAGCCCUCAGAGGGUGGGGCUGCUGAGAGAGAAGCUUCUCAGACUGGCUCCUUCCAGUAAACAACAAAACACUUCCAACGUUGAUGCAGACGCACAGGCAGACUCACAGCCUACUGUCCCGACUCUGAAUGUUGAAUCUGCCACUGAGAGCGAGAAUGAAGAUGAAAAUGAGGAUGAACGAGACAAAGAUGAGAUACAGAUUCACAGCAAAGGUGACACCAAGCCUAAUUCUGAACUGAAGAUUGAUGCUGACAGUCACCGGGAUGUGGAAGAGGAGGUGUUAUUACCAGACAUCACUGGUGGGAACUGUGCACCAGUAAGAGAUUCCCAAAAUAAGUCCAAAAGCUCAGAAGACAAACGGAAAACAAGCCCUUAUUUCAGCAGGAAACCUCUCACAGAUGGUCUUAGUCCACCCAGGAGAAAGGCCUUCAAGAAGUGGACACCGCCUCGUUCUCCCUUCAACCUCGUACAGGAAACCCUUUUCCAUGACCCCUGGAAGCUCCUGGUUGCUACCAUUUUUCUUAACAAGACAAGUGGCAAGGUGGCCAUUCCAGUUCUUUGGCAAUUCUUUGAGCGUUACCCGUCUGCAGAGGUGACCCGGGAGGUCGACUGGAAGCCCAUGUCUGAACUCAUGAAGCCACUGGGCCUGUAUGAGCUCAGAGCCAAAAUACUCAUCCGCUUCUCAGAUGAGUAUCUAAAUAAACAAUGGCGCUACCCCAUUGAGUUGCAUGGUAUUGGGAAGUACGGCAAUGACUCCUAUAGGAUCUUCUGUGUGGGAGAGUGGAGACAGGUGACACCUGAAGAUCACAAGUUAAACAAAUACCACGCCUGGCUUUGGGAGAAUCAUGAGACACUUGGAAUCUGAAACAACACAAAGUAUGAAGAACUGCAAGGAAGAUUUGUUGCAGCGCAGACAAGAGAAUCAGAUGUCACAGAAACCUUUCAGUCUAACAAUAUUAGCAUUAUGUUAAACUUGCAAUGUUAAACGUAAAUCGUGUUAAAAUUAUAUUUAGAACAUAUCAAUGUUAACCUUACUUAAAAAGUUAUACUCAAGGUUUAAUAAAAUGUUUUAAGUAGUUUAAAAGAUUAAA